AUGAGAAAAACCAAGUUACUUUUGAUGUUUGUUUUUUCAUAUUCGCGCACUUAAGAAUUAACAAAAAAAGAGUAAAUAUACAAAUAAAUAAAUACAAGGAAUAUUGAUUUCAAUUUCUAUUUUUUGAUAAGGAAAAAAGAGAACAUUAAUUUGUUAAAUAUUGUUCUAAUUUGCAAAUAUUUAGAGCGAGAUAUCUUUUCUUUAAAUUGGUAGGAUUAGAAAUAAAAAAGUAAAUUAAGAUAUUUCUAAUAAUAUAUAAUUAAAUUUCAAAAAUUGAUAAAUUAGAAGUAAAAUACAAAAAGAAACAAAGUUUAAUUCAAGAAAAAUGGUAAAUUAUUUUUCUAUCCGCUUGUUAAAUAAGCUUUAUUCAAAUAAGAUAGAUCAUUUUUUACUUUAUAUGGACCAUUGUGCACUUAUCUAAUCAUAUUUAUUUUCUUUAAAAUUAAGGACGACGAUGAAAUGGCUAGAUAAGCAAAGUUAAUGGAAGAAAGAAUGAAAAAGCAAGGAAAGAAGAAAGUACUUUUACCAGGAAAAUCCAAUCAAGAAAAAAAGAUCUUCGAUUCUGCUGACUACUAUAAAGAAUAAGAAGAAAAGGAAAAGCAUUAAAGUUGA